ACAUAUUUCUCGGACACAACAAGGGCAAUCAGGACGUGAAUAUUGACCUUUGACCCUCCCUGACCGGAAUGCAAGAACUGGGUCACGCUGUGUUUGGCUUGCCGUGCAGACAAAAGACCACUCUUCCUGUACCAUUUUGGCGAUUUUAAACUCAGAAAACCCAGGAUCCAUUACAGCCAUGGAUGUCACACCAAUGGAAGAGGCCAUGAUGCAGCAGUUUUCUGGAAACAUUCAAGCUCUGCAGAAAACUCUGCAGAACGCCUCGUCACAAAACCCAUCCGACACAAUUAUGGACAAAAAAGAGGGGAGCACAGAUGCUGUUGUAGUCGUCCCAACAACUGUGAAAACUAGAAAAUGUAAACAAGGAAACAACUCACAGAAAUUACAAGAGGCAACUGGUGACUCCAAUGCUGAAGAAGUAACUGAAGAUGAUGGGGCUGAAACCAUUCAUGUUGAUGUCAGACCAUUGAUGUCUGAAACUGUUGAAGAUGAUAGCGACAGUGGGGGAAACAAUGUAGAGGACACAAACAGCACAGAAUCUGAUAUGGAUUGGGAGCCUGAAAAUGAUAAAAUCGACUCUGAUGAAGAGAGUUCGGCACAAGACAAUGAAGAAGUGAUGCCUAAGUCACGCAAGAAGUCAAGAGCAAGGGUCUCAAAACAGCCACUUUCUUGCAGCCAGUGCUCCAAACACUUCAAAAUGAGGAAGACGCUUGAAACUCACAUGAAGAAGGUCCAUGACCGCACAUUUUUAUGUUGUCACGUCUGCCAUAAAGGUUACGAGACCCAAGAGAUCUUGGAUGAGCAUCUGUUGAAGUUGCAUAAUGUCAAAAAGACCAAUGGUAGGACGCGUUUUGUUGGGCCCUUCACAUGCGACGCCUGCCAGAAGGUGUUUGAGAGAAGGAAAACGUUCACCGAUCACAAGCAACGGUGCGGCACGGACAAGGUCUAUUUCCCCUGUCAGAGUUGCUCUAAGUUAUUUCAGCGCAGGGAUUCUUUGAGGCAUCACACUCAAAAGUACCACUCGGAGGUACCACCUCAGCACCAGUGUGAGGUGUGUGGCAUGCAGUUCUACAGAAAGGACAAGUUAAACAGGCACAUGGUGGUACACUUUCCCGCGGAGAAGCAGUCGUUGAUCAAGAAGUUCAAGUGCGACGCCUGCGGUAACCGUUAUUGCAGCAAAGCGGAACUGGAGAUCCACACACGAACCCAUACUGGCGAGAAGCCAUAUCUUUGUGAACACUGUGGGAAAUGCUUUACCUGUCAAAGGGAUGCAAAAAAGCACAUCCUGAGAAUGCACAGCAACUGGAGGGAGACAGCCAAACGUCAUUUCUGCUCCGUCUGCAACAAGAGCUUCUUGGAAAAGAGCACUAUGCUGAAACAUGUCAAUGCCGUGCACGCUGACCACAGGCCCUAUCCUUGUGACCAAUGUGAAUACAGGGGAAAAAACAAGAGAGACCUGCAACGUCACCAAAAUCGCCACAUGGCGGACAAACCCUUCAGUUGCCUCUUCUGUGACAAGAGUUAUAACUCCAACGAGGCGCUGAACUACCACAAACGGGCGCACCACGGGAUGGAUAAGGUCUACAAAUGUACGGACUGCGCCACCGAGUUCCACGUGAGGGAGGCGUACAACCACCACAUGAAGAGCCACAGGAGAGAGUCGGAGAUAGACACCGCCAUAGACUUGGUGCUAGAGGGUGCAAGAGCAGACAUAGAAGAAGAAGAAGAGAAAGAAGAAAAACCUGAAGAAAUUGUUGAAGACAAGAAAGAAAAUUAGACAGAGAAAAUGACAGGGACUUCAAAGGAAGUGGCCACAAUCAUUAGAAUUAUGAAAUUUUGAUACUAAAACAAAAUUUUUCAGUAGUUGUAGAAGGUAUGUUAUAAUAACUUGUGAUACAGGACUACUUUUAGAUUAGAUGCUAGAUGUUGUACUAGUUUUUUGGCAACGCCUCAGGGGCAGAGCCUGCUGUAUAACACAAAACUUUGAGAAUGAAGUUUAGGAGCUUGCCUGUAUAAUGUGGCAUAUUGUAGAAACAAUUUUUAGGAUAAACAUAAAUAUUAAUGAACAGAUGGAAAAUGAGCUGAAAAUGUUGUCUUUCCAAUCAUGGUCCUGAAAAAAUAGGGUUAGUUGGUAGGGAUUUGCUAGAAUUUUUUUCUUUACCUUUUUUUAGAGAUUUUGACUGAAGUGACCCAACAUGUACAGUUUGUCAAUGCAAAACUGAAAUGUAUCGGGGCAUUGGAAUUUUCAAUAUCGUACUAGCGGUAUACAUGUAUGCAGGGUUGGACCUAUGUUCAGUGGGCCUGUCUAUAUGCCUUGUUUUAUUGAAACAGAAGUGAGGGGAAUAAUUUCAAUAAGCUGUUAAAUGUUUUCAUCACUCAGAUGUCAAUUUGAAAAUUUUAUACCCGAGUUGCUAGCCAUGGACCAAAAAAAAUGCUGGGGUUGUCAGGUUUUUGCUACGUUUAGGAGGGUUACUGGGAACAACAUUUUUCCCAGGCUAUAUAAUGCUGGAUGCUUGUACUUCUACUUCUGCCAUAUAUUGAAGAUGCUCGUGGCAAGGGUAUAGAGAUAAGUAAAUAUAGAAAGACAAAUGACUUCGAAUGUGGAAGUCAGAUAUUUUUAUAAAGUAUCUUUUUCUUACCUCAGAAGUUUCAUUUUUUUUGCACCAGGUAAAUAACAGAUGUAAAACCUUUUUUUAUGUACCUUAUUAGGUUUAAUAUUUACUAAAACAUUGCAAUGCACUAUUUAUUAUAUCCUUUUUUUUACUAUUUAUAUUUAUUAUCCCUUUCUUGAUAAAAGAUUUGUAAAAUAAGAUACUUGCAUGACAAUGCAUGAGAUCCCAUAAGAUACUUGCAUGAAAAUGAGUUACUACAUGUAUUAUUAUUAUAAUAGAAUUAUAGAAUAAAUAGACUACAAUAGAAUUUCGUCAAGACUUUUAUAUACUGCCUAAGGACCACUUAAUCAUUGUGGUUUGUUGAAUCAUGUUACUAGUAUUUAAUUUGCAACUUCCUCUUCUUAUUAUAUAUUAUAUUACAAUUUCAUGUAGUCCUCACCAUUUUUAAGGCAAAUACUGUAAAAAUUAAUGUAGAGUUGUUUAUGACCACUUCACCACAAACUUGAAACCACUGUGAAAAUUUUGCUCUGUCUAACCUCCCCACCUACCUCCUUGUCUAAACACUACAUGUAUGUACUAUAUAUUGUACAGUAUUAUGAUGUGGAGGUGUCUGUUACGGUGAAGACGCAAACACUUUUCAAAGUACAAAUUCAGCAUAGACCUAAUCUUUGAACAUUUAUUAUAUACAGAACAGAUUAUAUCAAGAAGUGCUUGUAGGGAGAUAUGGUUAGAUCAGUUACAGUUGAUCACGACAGCACUGCCAAAUGGACUGUUUUGUCCAUCUUCAUUUGUAUAGCGCCUUAAGUUUGCCCUCUCACUCGUACAUGGCUGUCCAUAAAGCUGCCAGUGUUUUUAUUACUGUACAGUAUAUGACUGUAGCACUAUUGCAAUCUUGAAACCACCGCGUAACAAUUAAUUUUUUCCGCAAUAUCAUAUGUAAAUCCCUACAGACUUGGGUAAUUGAUACAGUAAGAUGUACACUCAACUGUGUAUACAUUUUGUAUUUAUUGUGUGUUAUGGGUAUUACACAUGUUUUAAUACAACAGUUUUUAAACUGAAUUCCCUUUA